CUCAUCCCGAGUUAAGCUCAUAACUCACAGAGUUAGCUCAGUCACUCUCCCUCUUUCUUCUCAGUAAGUCUCCGAAGUCCAAGACUCUUUUGACCCAUUGCUUCCAAAAUCUCCGCCGAAACACAUCUCCAGUGGCUUCCGCCGGUUCGUUUUUGCCUCUCUAAAACUCAGCUGAACUCUUUGAUUACUCGCUUUCUCUCACUUUCAGCAGAAACCCAGCAAAAAGUUUUGAUCUUUAAAGCCAUUUUGUCUCUGAAAAUUUUCAAUGGCGUCUACACCGGGCUUUACAUCACCGCCAAAUCCAUAUCAGAACAACCAGCACCCGUCACACAACAAUUUUAAGCAUCGCCGCCGCCACCACAACCGUCGCCAGAGCCACUCCCGAGAGUUGGGUUCUGGGAGACCCCCAUUCGCAGCCGGCAAUGCUGCCGGACCAGCCACCGGUUCCACGCCCAACUCACUGCCGUCGGGAACCAGCUUCCCUACUCUUUCCCCCGAGUUCUCUGGCCGCCGCUCCACCCGCAUCUAUUCCAAGCUUCACCUUGGUCGCCCCAGAAGCAUGGCUAAUACUCCCCACACUGCUCUCGCGGAGGAGGUCCUUGAAUACAUCAAGAAUACUCGAAACGUUGAUAAUAUUCUAUUAUCUUUCGAGAACGAGCUCUGCAGCUCCAAAGAUUACAUUUACUUGCUGAAGGAGCUUGGAAACAUUGGUGAGUGGGAGAAGGCUCUAAGAUGUUUCCAAUUUGCCAUGGAAAGAGAAACACGGAGGGUUGAUAGGGGGAAAUUGGCGAGCAACAUAAUCAGCACUCUCGGAAGGUUGGGGAAAAUUGAGAUUGCCAAGAGUAUUUUCGAAACCGCAUUCAAUGAGGGUUACGGGAAUACUGUUUUCUGCUUUUCAGCUUUGGUAAGUGCUUACGGAAAAUGUGGGUUGUGCAAGGAGGCUCUGAAGACAUUUGAUGCAAUGAUAGAUUAUGGAAUAAGUCCUAACUUAGUUGCCUAUAAUUCAGUGAUUGAUGCCUGUGCAAAAGGGGGCGUUGAGUUUAAUAGGGUUUGGGAGUUUUUUAACGAAAUGUUGAGGGAUGGUAUUGAGCCGGACCUUGUUACCUUCAAUUGCUUGAUUGCUGUUUGCAGUAGAGUUGGAGAUUGGCAGAGAGCCGGGAAUUUGUUCAACCAGAUGAUUGCGAAAGGUAUUCAAACAGACGUUUUCACUUUCAAUACCUAUCUUGAUGCACUUUGUAAAAGUGGUCAAAUGGAUUUGGCUUUCAGUAUUAUGCAAGAAAUGCCCAGAAAUGGUGUUACGCCUAAUCUUGUGACUUACAGCACUAUGCUUGAUGGAUAUUCUAAGGCUAAUAGAUUUGAAGAUGUUGUCUGUGUGCUUGAGGAAAUGAAAUCUUUGGGAUUUGUUUUUGAUAGAAUUUUAUAUAAUACAUUGGUUACUGCUUAUGGGAAGCUUGGUAGGCUUCGCGAGGUGAUAAAUUUGUGCAAUGAGAUGAAGGCUGCUGGUAUCAGCAGGGAUUCUGUGACUUACAAUGCACUUCUGCAAGCUUUUGGUAAACAGGGGAGGAUUGAAGAAGCAAGAAGGGUGUUUUUGGAGAUGAAAGCAUCCAAUCAACGUCCAAAUUUAUUGACUUACUCCUCGCUGGUGGGUGCCUAUUUAAAACAUGGUUUGCUUCCGGAGGCAUUGGAGGUGCUGAGGGAACAAAAGGAGCAAGGAUUCAAGCCUGAUGUUGUGCUCUACAGUACUGUCGUUAAUGCUGCAUGCAAGUAUGGAUCGGUGGAAUCUGCAGUAUGGUUGAUUCAUGAAAUGAUAAAAGAAGGAAUUACUCCCAAUGUUGUCACGUUCAAUUCAAUCAUCUAUUCUUUUGGACAUGCUGGAGAUUCAGAAUGCACUCUGCAAUGUGAAUCUUCCUCUUCUGUGACCACAGAGAUUGAUGCUGAAAAAGAGAUGGCAGAUGCAGAGGAUAACCAGAUUAUAAAGGUUUUCGGGCUGCUAGUGUCUGGGAAAGGAAGAGAUAACAGAGGCAGGGGGGACCUCUUUUGUAUUCUGGACCUCGUUCGACAGAUGCACCAUUUGAAUGUUAAACCAAAUGUGGUGACUUUCUCUGCGAUACUGAAUGCUUGCAGCCGCUGCAAUUCAUUCAGUGAUGCCUCCAUGUUAUUGGAGGAGCUGAGGGUGUUUGACAAUCGGGUUUAUGGGGUGGCGUAUGGGCUUCUGAUGGGCUACUUGGGAAGUGCUUGGCUUCAAGCUCUGUCCCUCUUUGAUGAAUUAAGACGGAUGGAUUCUGAAACCACAUCAGCCUUCUACAAUGCUCUGACAGAUGUGCUAUGGCACUUUGAUCAGAGAUACGGAGCCCAGCUAGUUGCGCUUGAAGCGAAAUACAGGCAAGUGUGGGACAAUGCAUGGUCUGAUUCUUGCUUGGAUUUGCACCUCAUGUCCACAGGAGCUGCUCAAGCAAUGGUCCAUGCAUGGCUCCUAAGUAUACAUGCAGUUGUACUUCAAGGCUAUCAGUUGCCUCAACUUUUAAGCAUUUUGACCGGCUGGGGCAAGCACAGCAAGGUGGUUGGUGCUGGCACACUAAGGAGGGUCAUCGAGGCACUCCUCAGAGCAAUAGGUGCACCUUUUCAUCUUUGUAAGCGUAACUUGGGCAGAUUUAUAUCACAAGGACCUAUGGUUGCUGCCUGGUUAAGAGAAUCUGGCACCUAUGAUGUCCUUGUUCUUAGAGAUGCCAGAACUCAGCCUGGAUACCCAAUGUAUGCCCCCUUCCCCAGCUACCCGCCGCUCACCUACAACAUGUAAUUCUCUGCAUUAUCUGCAGUUUUUGUUUUCAACAUGUUUUUCGGAAAUCCCCUCAACUGGAGAAAAAAAUUGU